CGAAGGACCAUGCUUUAUAAAUUUGAAUGACCAGACCACUCGUGCAAUGUAUUUGUUUCCUAACAGUGCACAAUUAGAAUUCAUCCGUCCAGGUGGUCAUCGCGGGAUUGUUCGACUUAACUUGCUAUUUGAGGAUACCUCAAGGUUAAAUGUUUUGGCAAAGCAAAGGGUGAUAUGCAAAAUUCCAGAUUGAACGGUGAUCCUUUGUUUGUAUUUUCCAACGGUGGGGUCCCACCGGGUGAUGGAAAACGUAGAUUAGUGCGUAAGACUAGUGCAGAAAUCGUGAAAGAAGCUAAAAGCAUGCUGGCAGGAGGAGGAACACGUUUGGUGUCUGCCAAACGGCCUAUCACACCGCGAGAACCGAGGAGACAGCUUUACGGUCGUGUUGCUCCCCCAGGACGACCUCCCAGUGCAUUCAGUCUGAAAUACCUGCAGCUGGAGUCACGUGCCUUACCAUCAUUGGAACCGAUUCAAAGCGGGAUUUGUUCGAAUGGAGUCAGCCGGUCGGAAUCGGUGGAUUCUAUCAAUUUGGGUGAAUAUGACGCCACCAAUAAUAACGUGCCGCGGAGCAAACUUCCCGCUCUGCUUAAAGUUCCCGGUAAACAGGCAGGAUCGCUGGAUAAUCUUUCAGAAUGUAUGCCGCCGCGAAAGGACUUUAAGCCACCAGCAACUCCGUUAAUGCCACAAUUCUCACUCAAUGCUGAACCAAAGCCCCUAAACGAAAAACGGCCGCUGUUGGACGGGAUCGGUUCUGGUAAUGGUACAGCACCUUGCCCAGAACCGUCGCCACCCGGCAGUAUCGUCAAGAACCAUCCUCUCAAGCGUCGUCAAUUCCAAUCGCUUGAUGAGCACAACAUGCCCGAGGCGGAAAAAUCCUCUUCAUCUGCACGGCGCUCGGAAAGUGCGAAAAUGGACCACCAGGACCAGAAGAUAAAACUGAGCAAAAGCAACGAGUUGCUGGCGCAAUCCAGCACAGAGGCUUUACUGGAGAUGCUGAAAGCCCACGCUGGGAUCAAGGACUGCACCGACGAAACCGCCAGUCACAUUAAUGGGAUUCUAGGAAAGCUGUUCUCUCGCGUGAAAGGAGCCAAAGGUAGCUGGCGGGGAGCCGUGCUGGGCGCUUUGUAUGGAUUAGUGGAGGCGAAUUCCGCCAGAAUAUUGCUAUCAGUGGCGCGAGUUGUAUUUGCGCUGAAUGUGACUGGUAGCAAUUUGACAGGGGCAUGUAAGCUGGUCUUUAAAAUUGCUCGCAACGAAAAUAACGACUUGCUGUUCGCCGACAGUGAUGUGCCAGAACUUCUCGUGGAUGGUUUAGGUCGUGCUUCUCCUGCAGAUGAACCCGAAGCAUGUAUCUAUGGUUAUGGAGCAAUUCGAUUUUUGGCUGGCUCAGCUGCAUCAGUUACACAAAAAGUUCACCAGGAGAACGUUUUUCGCGAAAAUUCGUCUCGGCAAAAAUCUCUGGCUUGCCGAUUGGCGCGUCAUGGUCUCGUUCAAUUGAUGAUACUCCAUUUGAAAAUGUUGAACGAGCUGGGUUCCUCGGAAAAGCUAUCAGGACCCCCAUUGCACGCGCUUUUUCAACUUUCUGGAGCAUUACGCACACUGGCUGGUAUACCUGCUAUAGGUAAUGGUAUGGCCGCAACAAGGUCUCUGUUGAUGAGCACAAAUCCGCAAAUCAAGGAAACACUCGAUGGUGAAAUGAUUCAGUUGGAGCUGGCUGGACCUCUGUUGGUUCGAGCAGCAGAGAUAUGCAUUGAUGAACCAGAAGUACAGGCAAAUGUUAUUCGUACGCUAAGUGUACUGUCGGAGCGGCCAGAGUGCUGUGAACAAUUGGCAGAUGCAACUGCACGUCUUGGGAUUCUAUUGGGUUCUAUCAGCGAAACAAGUCCUACGGUGGAGAAGGGGCUGGCUGCUGCUAAUCGCCUCGGAUACAUUCUUGGAAAUAUUAUGACUAGAUGGGACACUGCUCGAUUGCAGUUCUAUAUGAAUGAUGUGUCCAUGGAGGCCAUUCUGAAUACAAUGGAAUAUUAUUCUCAUAAACGUUUAACCAUCAAGAACCAAAUGGGAGAUUCUGUUGUAGACGUGCUUACAAAGAUUGUACGUGUUAUCGCUAAUAUAAGUGUUAAUGGAGAUGUGGGUUAUGGACUAAGCACUAAACCACCUCUAGGAGAAUUAUUAUUGAGCAUUCUACUGAAAGUAAAAGACAUCAAUCAACCGGAGAUGGAAGAAUUGUUAUUUGCCACUUUGGGAGCCUUGCACAAUUUGUCAUAUUAUUACGAACCAUCAGAUAAUCCACUGCACUUCAACCACCCUGGCAGUAUGGCCGAUCGCUUGAAGGACAUAUGCGGCGUGUUGUGCAACAUUCUUAGCACAAACUCUAAAUCAGCCAGGUCGGAGGCGGCACGUGUUCUAGGAAACAUGACACGUAAUUCUGUGGCAAGACAGACCUUCUGCUCUGAAAAUGGGCUGAAAAUAUUAAUUCAGUGUUUGGAAUCAAAUGAUGUUGAGCUGAUGGUUACCUCGUGUGGAGUGCUCGUUAACAUUCUUGGUGACAGUGACCGUAGGGUGCCGUUCCGAGAAAUACAGGGGCCAAUCGUAUUGCGAAAGCUAUUGCAGCGUGGAGUAUCCAACCAGGAUUGGAUCCUUGCGGGGAUCUCUUGCCAAGCAUUAUGGAACUACCUCAUCGACAGCGGAAAUGUUGUUCAUGCCUUGGGAGAGUCCGAGGUGGAUUUCAUUUGCAGCGAUCUUGCUGAUUGUUUAGACGAAGAAAAACUGUUCAAUGGCGAUGAACCGGAUAUGCUCUGGGAAGAAUUUGCUCCAGUGGCUACCGAUUUGUUGGAGAGAUUGCAAUCAUGCAUGUCAGUCGGAAAUUCACCUUGCUUAUCUUCUGAUGAUGAAGGUGACAUAAUGCUCGGCCCACAAGUAGAAACAUGGGGGAAACAGUACAAGCAAUGGCUACAGCAGUGAUUGAGAAAUAUUAACAAUAGUAAAUUGUUUCGAAAAUGUGCAAUCGUUUCAUUACUUAGUAGAAA